AUGGCAACAUCGCCGUCACCUGUGUCGUGCGGCGGUGCCUCUGGGCCAGCGGAACCAUCGGAUUCAUUGGGGCACCUGGGGCACUUUCGGCGCUUCCUGGAAUCCAUAGCGCCCAGCGCCGCGCAGGCGUGGCUACGGCACAUUGAUGUUGACGGUCGUGGCGUGUCGUUCACAGAUUUCUGCCGGCAGCUGCCAGCGCUUGGCUACAAGACAGACGUUGCAGAGCUCUGGAGUUCACUGGGGGGCUCAGCCACAGCAGGAUCUGAAGUUGCAUUGAAGGCGGUGGAUGCCGCUGCUGCUGCACGCCUGGCAGCAGUGGCGGCCUGGUGCCAGAGCCGCUUCGCUGACACCGAGGGCGCAAAGGGCUGCGGAAGAUCCGAAAGAUCCGACAGAUCCGAAGGUGCGGUGAUGGAGGCCUUUUUGGCGGCAGGCGGCCGCUGCUGUGGAUCUGUGGCGGUGGAGGUUCUGGCAAAGAACUUGAAGUCGCUCGGUUGCCCUGUGCCUUUGUCAGAGGUGCAGGCAUUGGUGGACCCCUGGGACCGCGGCACACUUUGUGCCCAAGAUUUUUUUGUCUUGGAGCAGGACGGCCACCGGCGUCAGGCCGUGGAACAACGCUGGCGUUUGCUGACCCGGCCCCGCUCGAGCGUCCAACAGACUAGUAAUGGGAAUGCACAAGAGUUGCUGAGCUCCUGGGCCAAGCAAGCAACGGCUCUGGGAGGCAGGCACUGGACCGCUUGGAAAGCACCAGACGCUCCCCAAAACUCCAGCGGAGCCCUUGUAGCCAAGCAGCGGCCAGAAAGGAUUUCCGAACCGCCUCAAUUGAAGCAGGCUCGGGCAGUCCGGGCACGGAGUGAACCUCGCCAAGCCAGCCAUCCUAGCCAUCCCAACCGACCCCGGAAGAGCACUGACUGCGCUGAAUCCGCUGUCUCUCUUCCCAAGCUGCGCGGCCCCGAUCGCGUUGAUGCAGACUCGGACGGGGAUGCCCCACAAGUCAGAAGACGGCAGGCCCGAAGCGUUUAUUGUCGAAAGCAGUUCCAGCAGAACCACAAAGCAGGGUUUUUGCCAAUGCUGAAGAGCGUGAGCGCUGUUGUCCCGCAUUGGGGACAGCCUGUACAAUCUGUGCAGGGCCCUAAGCACAGCUAUCAAAGCUACAGAGUCGCAGCAUUUGGGAAGGACUGGAAGGACCAGAUGCUUUUCGAGCAGUUUGAGAUGGCCCAGGGACAUGGCGACCCUCGGGGGCUUUGA